ACGAAUUUGUUGGUUGAUUUAGCAGAUAUGGUUAUAAGAACGUUCUGCACGGGCGUUUUCCUAAUUGCAUGCUUCUACUUACUUCUCACGCAUCAACUGGACAUAUCAUCGGCCGCUCCUGUCAAAGACCACCACCUACCGAGACCCGCUUUGGAAAGGUAUCCCAGAUACCCCCAUUAUGCUCGAAUCAAGACUGAGCCGCUUAUCGGCGAAUUUGUCGACGAAGAUGAUUUUUUGGAAUUGUCGAAACGUCAGCAGAGCUCCGACGAUUACGGCCACCUGCGAUUCGGGCGCAGGAACGGGGAGGAAUUAUCGGACGAUUACGGGCACAUGAGAUUCGGGCGAAGUGGCUCCGAUAAGAAAUAA